AUGGGAGCGUGUCUCCUUAAUCCAUCGAGCAGGGGACCCACAAGUGUGGUUGCGAGCGGUACGGCGUCAGAGCGGGGGCGAGACGGGAGAGUAAAAGUCGCGGGAAGCUGGGUGUUUCCCCAGAGCUUCCUCCAGGCAGGGGAGAUGCUCCAGUGCCUGCUUUUGGAAGGAGAGGAAGGGACAGACUCAGAAGAGAGAGAGGACAGUUCCAUAGAAGAUUCAAAAGAAAUCGUCACCCUGGCUUUUGUGAGAGAGAACACUGGGGCUCAAAAUGGGCUUCAGAAUGCCCAGCAGCAAGGCAAGAAGAAGAGGAAGAAAAAGAGAUGAUUGGUGAUCAAUCUAUCCAGCUGCCGAUAUGAGAGUGUGCGUAGGGCAGCCCAACAGUAUGGGCUUCGAGAGGGAGGGGAAAACGACGACUGGACUCUCUACUGGACUGACUACUCGGUGUCGUUGGAGCGGGUGAUGGAAAUAAAAAGUUACCAGAAAAUCAAUCACUUCCCAGGGAUGACUGAAAUCUGCCGCAAGGACUUGCUGGCCAGGAAUAUGAGCCGCAUGUUAAAGAUAUUCCCAAAAGAUUUCCACUUUUUCCCUAGGACCUGGUGUCUUCCUGCUGACUGGGGAGAUUUGCAGAACUACAGCAGGUCAAGAAAAAAUAAGACGUACAUCUGUAAGCCGGAUUCGGGCUGCCAGGGGAGAGGUAUAUUCAUCACCCGGACAGUGAAAGAAAUCAAACCAGGGGAGGAUAUGAUCUGUCAACUCUAUAUCUCAAAGCCUUUUAUCAUCGACGGGCUCAAGUUUGACCUGCGGAUUUACGUGCUCAUGACGUCCUGUGACCCUCUCAGGAUUUUUGUGUACAAUGAAGGACUGGCACGCUUCGCCACCACUUCCUACUCCCACCCCUGCCCAGACAACCUGGACGAUAUCUGCAUGCACCUGACUAAUUAUUCCGUUAAUAAGCACAGUUCCAAUUUCCUUCGAGAUGCCCACUCUGGCAGCAAGAGGAAGCUCUCUACCUUCAACGUGUACAUGGAGAGCCACGGCUACAACGUGGGGCAGAUCUGGAGAGAUAUCGAGGACAUCAUCAUCAAGACGCUCAUCUCGGCUCACCCCAUCAUCAAGCAUAACUACCACACCUGCUUCCCCAAUCACACACUCAACAGCGCCUGCUUUGAAAUCCUGGGCUUCGACAUUUUGCUGGAUCACAAUCUCAAGCCCUGGCUGCUGGAGGUCAACCACUCUCCGAGCUUCUCCACUGACUCCUGGUUGGAUAAAGAGGUGAAGGACAGUCUGCUGUAUGACACUUUGGUCCUGAUCAACCUGAGGAGCUGUGACAAGAAGAAAGUCUUGGAGGAGGAGAGACAACGGGUGCGGCUCCUGCAGCAGUGUCGUUCUCGGGAGACCAGGAAGGAGGAAGUCAAGGGCUUUCAGGCCGUGCUUCUAGAGAAAACUGAGAAGUAUGAAAAGGAAAACUGUGGAGGCUUCCGCCUGAUUUAUCCCAGUGUGAAUUCAGACAAGUAUGAGAAGUUUUUCCAGGACAACAACUCCCUCUUCCAGAAUACAGUUGCCUCCAGGGCUCGGGAGGUGUAUGCCCGGCAGCUGAUCCAGGAGUUGAGACUGAAACAGGAGAAAACAUCCUUCCAAACGAAAGAUAAGAGGGUAGAAAUGCAGGGGGAAUCAGCAGAGCAGCAAGCGAGAGGCAAGAGCAUGCAGAGCUGGCGACAGAAACAAAGGCAGAAGUGCAAGAUCGCCACCAGCCCGGCCUCCAAACAAUACCUCCAGCCAUCGACAUUAGUGUCCUGCACACCCGACUUGCUGUUGAGCAUCAGAGACACAAAGAAAAAUGAGACAGACAGCAGCCUCGAGCAGGAGGCCCCCAGGGAGGAGGCUGGCCCUGCUCCCCAUAAGCCUACAUCUGCGAGGCCUUACAGCUCUAUUACUGACUUGAGGAAUUCAAGCCUCCUCAGCUGCUCCAGGCCAGAGCUCAGUAAACCCGUCUCCAGAAUCAAGGAAGCCAAGUCCACCUCUGCAGUGAACACAAUUAGCAGCACUGUGCCUCUAACCUCAGUAGAAACCUUCCCAGAAUCCACCACCCGGGUCUCAGACACCACCCAGUCUCUGCUAGGGGUGACCAUGAGAACCAGCUCUGAGUGCCGUAGCUCAGAGAUGGACAGGAGAGCCUACUUUCAAUGCAAGCAGCUGAUGCCUUGGCACCUCAUCCAGGAAAAAUUAUCAAACAAUUCUCUGCCUACAAAAUCCCAGAGCUUCUCAAGGAGUCUGAACCCACGCUGGACUUUGCUAAAGAAUGGCAUGAGGAGGGAGCAUCCCGUGUCAGAGCUGUUCGCCAAGGUUCCACUGAGGGGGAAGCUGUCCUUGUUCCCAGCUCACGACAACCCAGAGCUGGUGCUGAGCGACAAAUCACAAAACCCCUCCCUGCCCCGGGAGUGCUACUUCUGCAGCCGAAGCUCUGGCGAGAUGAAGCAGCUGGAUGUGCCCUCCCUCCUCCUCUUGCAGAAUUCUCACAGCCAUGCUGUUUCCCUGAACGACCUGCUGGUGGUUGCCACUGCAGCCCGACUGGAUCCGAGGCCUGGCAGAAGCCAUACCGGUGCUGCGCGAGACCGGUGUAUACAGGAUCAGGAGGCAUACAGCCACUGCCUGACCUCUGGCCAAAGAGGACGUGAGAGGAACUAG